CAGUCGAUACUUGCGAGUCGAUCCGGUGUCCGGGCUGACUAAUACGGUUAUUGAUUGAAAUUAUUACGCGAUUUUAAGGAUUUGUCUAUCGCGGAUUAUGAACUGUAGUCGAUAGUUUGGACAUCACUAGUGUGUGAAGUGAGUGUAUCAUGAAAAUGAUGGGUGACAACGAGAUGGGUUACGGCGACUACUACAACUACGACGGCGGCUGGUCCGUGAUGCCGCAGGAGUACAACGUAGAGCCGGCCUGCCAGUACCGACAGCCCCAAAUCGAAGAGGACUAUCGAUACAAUACCUAUGCAUUGCUAGACAGUAUGAAAAUGCCGGGUCAGCGGCCAGGCUUUCAAAUAUCAGAUAUUCUGGGUUUGAACGAAGCGAAAGGUCUGGACACCCCCGCUCAGAGCUCGAUUGGGUGUUCCCUGGACUUGCCGGCCUAUCCACCUCCACAGCACAGCUACUCACACGAACUACUCAGGCAUCAUCAGCCCUGGUUGUCUUUGGAUCAACACGAUAGUGCAGGAGUACUUGGACAACAAGCCAGCCCAGACAGCACUUCACGAGCUUCGGAACUCUCAUACGUUGGACCAUCAGCUACUUCCCCGUCAACCGGGCGACACGACCACGACCAUGAUCACGACCACGACAACGAUCACGAUAUCAUUGAUCACGACGAUGACAACGACCACGAUCAACCUCAAAACAACAACGGUGAUCCUAGCUUAGUGCACAAGAAACGCAAGCGGCGUGUUUUAUUUUCUAAGGCACAAACCUACGAGCUGGAGAGACGAUUCAGACAACAGAGAUACUUAUCGGCGCCAGAACGAGAGCACCUAGCGAGUUUGAUAAGAUUGACGCCGACGCAAGUAAAAAUAUGGUUCCAAAACCACAGGUACAAGACAAAGAGGGCCGUACAAGAAAAGGGGGCACAUGACUUAAACGUCGGUGGCCUGAACUCACCGCGACGUGUCGCGGUUCCCGUCUUAGUUAAAGAUGGAAGGCCGUGCCUCGGUAAGCCAGAUGGGUUGCCGCCGCUCGGGAUGUCGCUCCCGCCGUACCAACCCAUGCAUCACCAGCCGCCGGUGACGGGCCAUGCGCCGCAACCUAACGGAUGCUGGUGGUGAAACAAACUAAUGUCAUUCCUGUGGAAACUAGUCGUUAAUAAUAGUGCAUUCAGUUAUAUCCACGAAGCGAUCGCAUCGAAUAUUAGUAUUCUUCGUAUAUAGAGUACCUACGUGGAAAUGUAUACGUGCCAAUAUUGCGCUUAUCUAUUUGACUCACGCAAUUGGUUCAUAUGACAACUGAUAAGUUAAAAGUUAACAGAGAAACGAAUGGCAUUGAAUAUGAUAUACUUUGCUAUCAACUGAAUCUUCACUAACAUUCCAAAAUAUUAAAAGAAUAAAAUCGUAUUAGGCAUUAUAUCUCGAAUACUAAAAAAUGUAUACAAAAGUAUUUAGAUAAUUUUUAAUUAAGUUAUUAUUUGGGAUAUGACCCAGUAUCACAAUGUAUCCUUCAAUCACGUAACUAUAUACGGUUACGGUUUUAUUGUUACCACCUGAAACUUUUAACAACAAUUUUAAAGUUGUCAAACCAUUUCUGGUUUGCGGCAAUCGAUUGUAGUGUUAAAUUUCUCAACAUAAUAUAUUGGGAAACGGGUCUAUAUGGUAUUAUGAGUUCCUAUUAUUUUAUUUAGAGUUAUGGUACUCUUCUCUAUCUCGUGAAAUUUUGUAACACGUUUGCGUCUGUUUCCUUAUCUUACCUUUCAACACCUUUUACGUACAUACGAUUAUCUCUUUACGUACAUAACAUAUUUGUAUUUAAUCUUAAAAUUACUUUAAGUUAUACAUUCCAUUACAGUAUUUUGUAAAUUUAGGUGUAAAGGUUAUUAACGAAAUGACCAGAUUUUAUCAGAUUGCAAUAUUUAGAUAUAAGGUGCAGUAUUAUUAUAGUUGAUUUUUAUGCCUAGAGUAGCUAUUUAUGUAUAUUCCAAAGAGAAGUAUAUUUAUGAAAAUGUAAACUGUAGUCAGUAGAAAGUGUAGUAAAAGUUGUAUAUUGUGUACAUAAUUUUAUCGUGGGAUUCUUUAAAAUAACGUUAAUAAUUCUCGUGCUGAUUAUUGAAGUUAUAUACCCACACAUGUCUUUGUAAAAAGUGUUAAAUAUAAAUUAUUACUAUUGAGUAUUAAAGUGAUUGACAUAAA